AUGAAUCAUGAUUCAUUGGCACAAAUAUUCAUGCUGCUGCCAGUACCUGAAAGGAUAGCCAUGGAAAAAGAGGCAUGUGAACUAGCUUGGUACGACAUUAAAAAAUACACAUUUGGUGAAACAACUAGUCGUUUUUUUGAUGAAAGUUUGUUCGCACCAUCAUAUAUUGAAAAAUUAUUAUCAAAUUUUGGUAUUUAUUUGAGAGAUUUGUCUCUUUUUGAACAUUGCAAUUCUAGUAUUAUGCCAAUCAUUGGUGAGCGCUGCAAAAAUUUAACACGUCUUAAUUUAAUUUACAACGAGCUAUUGGAAAUGAAUAUCGAUCACUACAUUCGUGCAUUCAAAAACUUAGAUAAACUGACAAUAAUUGAAAUACGCGUAAUGAAUAUGGGAAGUUGUUAUAAUACAAAGUUUCAACCUCACAUAAUCAAUUAUCUUCCAGAAGAAAUGAUUAAAAUUAUUUUGGAAUAUGAUAAAGAGGAGUACAUGUCACCAAAGAUUUUCGAUAUAAAGAAAUUCAAAAAACUUCAAUACUUGUCAUUAAAAGGCUGCCUUCUAGAUGACAUGAUUCAAGAAAUAUCCGAAACAACAACACUUGUUGAACUCAGUCUUAUUGAUUGCUUUGUCAGGAAUGAAUCUAUAAAUACAAUAGUUACAAUUUCAAACUGGAAAAAACUUAAACAUCUAAUUUUAUUCAAUGAUGAGGGUUGUGAUGUUAUUGAUGAUAAUAUUAUUGGUCCAGCUCCUUCUGUAGUCAAUUUUGAUGAGUUGUCAAAAUUGCAAUAUCUUGAAUCUUUAAGCUUGUUUAAUAUGUAUAAUUUCCCAGAUAGCAGUAUUAUUGCUAUUGCUAAUUCAUGUAAAAAUCUACGAAAAUUAGAGAUGACUGCAUGCGUGAAUAUUACUGAAGCAGCUCUCAUGCCUAUAAUCAGCUUGGAAAAAUUAGAAGAAAUAAAUGUCAAUUAUAUGAAUGGUCUGACAGACAAUUUUAUCAGUAAAUUGAAAGGAUUAAAGAAAUUUGGAUGUGCAUGUUGUAAAAACAUCACUGAUGCUGGUAUAAUCGAAUUUAUAAAAAAUUGUCCAAAUCUUCACACUCUUUGUGUUUUCGGCUGUAACAUUACAAUUAAAACAUUUAUUGGCGCUGAUGAAAUAACCAAACAUCGUACAAAUAAUAUUGCUUUGGGUAUCUCCUAUGAAGAUUUUGCAGAAGCUUCAACAUUAAAAAUUGAAUCUAACUGGUUAUUUAUUUGUCCCAAAGUUAGGGAAAAUGUCAAAUAA